AUGGCUUGUCUUGAUUCAACAAAUACGUGUGAUGAAACCCAGUAUGAUGGGAUCCAUUCGAUUCAGUACCAUUCACUUUUCCAACCGCUGUCCACCCGAGUGGACAGAGCCUUGCUGAUGGUUGACCAUGCUCUCCAACUACUUCUUUCAUUGAAUACAUCAGUUCGUGAUGAUCCGCUCCUAAGAGAAUAUCCACUCGUCGUCCAGUUACUAGUUUGGGAAAGUAGUGUUUUGGGAAAGUAGUGCCAGUUGUGUUUAAGGGGGUCCAAUACUAAAAUUUUGACUUUAUGGGUGAAAUUUAUGAAUUUUCAAAAAACUCAAAAUUAGGUUCUUUGAAGCCUUAUCAAACAUUACUGAGACUUUCAUUGUAAAAAAAACAUACUAAGUUAGGGAAAAAUGACAAAAUACCAAGGGCUUUGAAUAUUUCCGCCAUAGCAACGCGCUUAGCAACCAAAGUUUGCUGUUUGAAAUCGAGGUAAAAAUUGUUUAUAAAAUAGUGAUUUAUUACACCAAAUUUUUGCUUAUUUCCGAAUAAUCUGCAAUUGUUUCACUGUUAUUAUGGUAAGAGAGAAUUCAAGGGCAAAAUAAACGGCGAUUUAGUGGAAUAGAUUUGUUAAAAAUGCAAAGAAAUCGUGUACAAAUGGACCCACCAAAAUUGUGCUAACAGUAAAUAUGACGCCGAUGCUCAAUCAACUUCCAGUGCAAGUGUUUCAGCUUCAUCGCGAACAAUCAACGUUAUAGAAUCGCCAAAUGCCACUAAAGAAUCGCUACAUGCAACAGGCUAUCGUUUCAUUGAUAUAGAAAUUCUCAGUGAAGUUUUUCAGCAAGUAGUUUGCAAAGAAUGUGGUGAAUCCUCAUCCCUUGUGCUUGAAGAUAAAAAAUUCGAACGUAAGGGUUGUGCAUCUCAUCUCCGUUUGUGAUGCGAGGAAUGUGGUUGGGAUUUUUCGUUUUAUUCUUCAAAUAAGGUAAAGAAAUCCUUUGAAUAAAAGGCUUGUUUAUGUCAUGCGAUCCAUUGGUAUUAUUUGGUAAAGGAUAUGCCUCCAUGAAAAGAUUCUGUACUCACAUGAACAUGCCAUCACCAGCAUACCGAGAUUGUAAUAUAUAGCCCUAUCAAAAGCUGCUAACUCUGUUGCUACCAAGUUUAUGAAUGAUGCAGCUGUUGAGGUUCAUGGUGAAAAUCCUGGUCAAAUAACCCAAUGUGGUGUCUCGUGAUGAUACCUGGCAAAGACGAGGAUAUUCAUCGCUCCAUGGGUGUGUCACAACCUUAUCCAUUGACGGACACCUUGAUUGACAAACUUCAAAACUAUUAUGGCAUUGCCAUUAGAAGUAAUUGUGGAAAUUUGGAGUGAAUGAAGGCUGCAAUUUAUGCCAGCAUUAUCCAUUGUGUCUCAUCAAAGAAGCGAAAUUUACAUACUUGGUGUCUUGAUGGUCCGGACAGCUGGUGCCGCUUUAAACAAGACAAGGCAAAUAGUACUGACUUAUAUAAGUGUGGACAUGGUCUUCCAGACAACAUCAUUGCUCAGAUUAGGCCCAUUUAUGAUAGACUAAGUAGUAAUGAUUUGUUGGUCAAAUGUUUCGAUGGGAAAACUCAAAACCAAAACGAAUCGUUGAACGGCAUGAUUUGGAACAGGCUUCCGAAGAGAAUUUUUGUGGGUGGCAAUGUUCUGCAGUUGGGUGUGUAUGAUGCUGUUGCUCAUUUCAACAUGGGUUCAAGGGAUUCUGUUGAUAUCUUACAAGAUGGGCUAGUUCUUGGCUACUACUUUGAAGAGGUUGUCUGCAAAGCUGAUAAAAAGCAUGUAAAGAAAGAAGAUCAUCGAGCUAAGCCGGAUGUCAAAAAGAGGAGGAAGGUGGUGUAUGGCCAGAAAAAGAAGAGGGAAGAUAAAAAUCAGGAAACAGAAGUCAAUACCUAUGGGGCAGGGACCUUUUAACACUAAACUGGUCCAUUCAUAACGUUUAUUAAUCAAUUGUAGGUCAAUAUUGUUCUGAAAAUCAAUAUGUUCAACUUUAAAGCAGUUUUUCUCAAAUUGCCGAAAUCCACCAAUGGCCGUUAUUGCAUGCGCAAUAUCUCAAAAAGUAUUUAAGCUAUUGACUUCAAACUUUCAGUGUAGCUUCUGUAUUGCAUUCUCUUGGGGAUGAACUAGAAUCAUAAAAAUAUAUGCAAUAGCAUUAAAGUUGUGAUAGUCAGUAUCAUGCCGAUAAUAUGUAUUUUCAAUAUUUUGUCCGCAAAAAAUUUAUUUUUGCUUCGAUCACCAUAGUUCUAGUUCAUCCCCAAGAGUAUGUGGUAUACUAUUAAAUAAAAGUUAUUUGAGGUUUUUAUCAUUCAUAUUUCUUGAGAUAUCAUGUUUACAAAUAUGUUGAUUUUUCACCACCGGGAGGUAAUUAACAUGGUAACCAUGGCAACGGUAACUUUGAAAAACAUUUUUUUAUGUUAGUGGUACCAUGCCCUAAAAACUGACCAAAGAUGAACAUCAUAGCAUUAAAACACACAAAAAAAAGUUUUUGAGUAUUGGACCCCCUUAAGAAUGUAAUUGAGUAACUUGAAAUUAAUUGAAUGAACUAGCAGCUAUAGUAUACUUAAUUACAGGUAAACUACGUGAAGCGUUCCUCUUUUGAGUUCCUAACUCAUUUGGAAUUUUCAAUAUUAAAUUUGCAAAUUUGAAAAACUCUUCGCAAACCCUUGAGGGAAUUUGCAAUUUUCCUGUCGGCCGUUGCAAUAUUCCAACGCAAAGAAAGUUCCUUUCAAAUUUUCCUAACUUCCUGUUCUGUUCUGAGCGUUUUCAUUGGUGGAUUAUUUUUGUUGGCCAAUUGCAACGCACAGAACAGAACAGGAAGUUAGGAGCUUGUAACAGGAAGUUAAGAACUUCUAACAGGAACUGAGGAACAUUUAUUUUUCUCUUAAGAACAUUGCAAAUUCCUUCAAGGGAUUUGCAAGGGAGUUUUUCAACUUUGCUAAGGUAAUGACGAAAAUUGCAAUCAACUUAGGAACUCAAAAGAGGAACACUUCACGUAGUUUACCUGUAACUGUCUAACUCAUAACGAACUCAUUGAACUAACUAACUGACAGAUUAAGUUCAAGUAAUUAAAAAAAUAGUAACUUUUAAGUAACUAGCAAAUUGUACAGUAGGUUUUAUUAUUUGUUUCUGAAGGGUACCAGCAGUGAAGAUGCAGAUCAAGGGAAAAACAUCAAAGUUAAAAAUGAUGGAACAACGUUUGAGAUUAUCCAGGUACGAUAAUGCCUCUCUGUCGCUCUAUACGCGAGGAAAAAUUGUACAGAACUUUCUGAUGUUGCCAUCUACACGCGUAAAAAUAUCACAUCUUGUAGCAAGUCUGCCAACAAGCCGUCGCCAAGUUGUAUUCGCACUACUGUACUUAUCCCAAGUUGUCAACAAGUUUGGAACAAGCUGUGAACAAUUUGUAACAACCUUGUUGAUAUUAUCAGACUUCUUGCAAGGUAGUUCCAACAAGUCCGAUACAGUCAUGAUAAAACAAUAUUGUUACAACCUUGUGUCGUCCAUCUUGUAACAUUCUUGUUAUAUCAUGAUUGUAUCAGACUUGUUAGAACAACCUUGUAACAAAUCUGAUAAUACAAUCAAACUGGCUACAGUACAAAUCAAGCUGUUAACAGCUUGUUCCAAACUUGUUACAACAACUGGGAACAAGCAGUGCGAACACAACUUGUCGACAGCUUGUGAACAGAUUUGGAACAACUUGUUUGCAGACCUGUAACAACUUGUGCGUUUUUACUUGUGUAUGCUAUACAUAUAGUUUACAGUGAAGAGUCUCUAUAUGUUAUGACCUUUUCCAGGAAAUGGCAGUAAAGUUUGCAAAGGGAGACAAGAGUUUUGACCAGGAAGUUAUUUAUAAGUUCUUGAAGUUUCUCAUGGAUCUUUGGGCGACAGACUUGAAUGAUAGACCUCAAGAAGUUGAACGAAGCAUAGAGGUACAGUUUUUGCGUAAUCCGCACUGAUAAUCAGCAACUUACAGGGCCAGUUGUCUACGAUGGCCGGAUGCAUUAUUCACGGUGAAAAAGGUUACGUUGACAGUGAAAAAGUUGAUCAAGAUGGCAUUUUUUAUUAUAAAAGAUAUAUUACAUUUCUUCUUCGAAUAUUGCACAUACCAAAAAUCAUAUUUGUGGUUAGUCGCACUUUAAUAUUUUCGUUUUUUUAUUGUUCGUAGGGUAAAAUGGCAAUGGCAACUCAUCGUCAAACAGAGCGUUACCUGAAGCCUUUAUUACGCAAGCUUAAAGCAAAGGUACUUAAUUAACCUUACUGGAAAUACAGAGAAUCUAAAAUGUUUUUAGUAUCCAACUUUGUUUUUGUCCAUUUCCUUCUUUAGGCAACACCAUCGGAUAUUUUAGAUUUUUUAAUUGAAAUUGUUGGCGCUUUACUGGAACGCGAAUAUGUCAAGGUGUGUUCCUUAAUAUGUUUAUAUAGUAUACAAGCUAUAUGCUCCAGCAAAGGCAACUUUCCAAGCUAUAUACCCAGAAGGGUUUUUACCGUUUUUAAAUAAGUUCAAAUAAUGAAAAUAAUACUAAUUUUGUCAAUGUUUUGUUUCCUCAGGCAAACGACUCGUAUCUUCAGAUGGCAAUCGGUAAUGCACCAUGGCCUAUUGGUGUUACUAUGGUCGGUAUUCACGCUCGUACUGGAAGAGAGAAAAUCUUUGCUCAACAUGUCGCACGUAUCCUUUUGUAAACUGUCAACUUCUUGCGGUUUAUUUUAUAUAUAGAGUCUUUACUUAACUUUCUUCAACUGCUCUAUGUCAAUUUUACUACGGGAGGAAGACAGCUGUAUACCUUAUCAACGGUCUACCUUAACCUUUUUGGCUACUAGCAAAUACGUGCUGUGUAGGUUUCAUUCAGUGGCGAAGCUGGAUAUGUCAAUAGCUCAUGCCAUGCAAAUUUUUAAUGAUUUACAUUAUCCAAACAUUUACGCCCGUAUUCUAAAAGCUCACUCACACUCAAUGAGUGGAGGUUCAAUCUGAGCUUCUCUUGAGUGUCAAUGCUGUUUUUGAAUAGCUGGAGGGUGAGCAGUCACCGAGGAAGGUAUGACUACUCACCCUCCAGCUAUUCAAAAACAGCAUUGACACUCAAGAGAAGCUCAGAUUGAACCUCCACUCAUUGAGUGUGAAUCAGCUUUUAGAAUACGGGCGUUAGAAAUGUACUGUAUUAUAACAAACAUACUUCCAGGGAGGACUGGGAGGUGAGUCCGGAAUUGGACGCGCCGAGGGUGAAACUUCCAGCCACCCGAACAUUUUACUCGCAUUUUGCGAGCGUCAAGUAUAGAGCUUGUUUAUCAGUUCUAGACUGUUCUCCCUAGAGUCUAGAGGUCCACACUAGUUACAAGAGGAAAUCGGGUUACCUACUGAGAAAACGUACCUACAGUAGAGGUUUUGGUAGAGUCCAACUGUAAGCACUCCUAUUCACUUGUGAAGGUGUAAUUAGUUGCGGAGCCGGGAAUUCCCCGACCAGAGGGCUAAGACCCCAACAGGGGGCAAAUUCGUACAGCUAAUAAAACAUUUGUUCUGUUUGUUAAACUUAGGGGGGGGGUCGACCCCAAGAAAAUUUUUGAAUUAUGAAUCUCUAAAACGGUAUUUCCUGUAUUUAAGAUAUUUAGCGGCAGAAUAUUACAAUUGUCUUCGACAACGUGUUCGACAGCUCUACAAAACACGAUAAUUAAAGAACGUACAAAUGUAGUUCCUAAAAUAGUUCCUUCCCCAACAAAAUUAGUGCUGUGCAAACUCCGGUUUUUCAUCUCCGGCUCCGGCCGAAUUACAGCUCUGAGCUCCGGCUCCGGCUCCGGCCACAUCAUAAAAUAUUAAAUAAAUGUUUUAUGAUCAGAGAACAUUUAUUAAUAUUAUUAUGAAUAACCCUUUUCGCGCUUAGCAGAUAACAUAUCUCAGAUAUUAUCAGAUAACAUAACUCAGGAAACAAAACAGUGAAAACACUUAACCACGCAGAAAAUAUCUAUAUGGAAACCAGCCUCGAAAAAUCUUUGACACGAGGCAUGACGCGAGGCAUGACGCUAACACUCUCAGACUCCACAGCGCAAUUGUUCGCACGCAAUUUUCGUUAUCUACAAGGCAUGAAUACACAGACUACAGUAUGUAGCGCUAAGUCAGAUGGCUUCAUGAAAGCAUGACGUUUGUAAGUUGCGAUCGUAUUACAGCUUUUCGACGCUGUUCCUGUGGGCUGUGGCAGUUUGAGUCUAUGAUAAAUUCAUUAACAGCAAUUGGUAGUUUGCAGUAACUAACAAUCGUUUGACAUUUGUCUCAUUUCAUAUUGUUUUCUUGUCAUUUUGCCGGAGCUGGGAAAACGUAACUCCGGCUCCGGGCUCUGGCAUACAAAAUUCGGCUCCGGCGUCGGAAAAACCGCCGGAGCUCCGGCAGAACUCCGGCUCCGGCAACUCCGGCGCACGGCGCUAAACAAAAUGCGCAUUUUUCUUCGACAGAAGGCUAGAGUUCCCGAUAAGGGACUGUGGGCCCCCUGGAAUCAAAGUGACAAAAGUGCGUAUUGUAGGAGUUGGACCUGUUACCGAGAUGAAACACACAUGUACAGUAUAAUACCAGACACUGUGGUAUCAACAUCCAAUGAGAAAUUUUACACAUGAAAAAGUUGUAUGAAUGUAUGAUCCUUGACGUUGUACCAGAUGUUCUUAAUGACGAGACCCAGAGGAAAUACAUUCAAGUGAGUUGUUCCUUUCUUUCACAACACUUUAAAAACCUUGGAUAGACCAGAAUACAUCCGUUACCUUGGAUAGACCAGAAUACAUUGCGGUUUCAAGAUGACGUCGCUACUUCUAGCAAUGUCGUAACAAAAAUGCUCAAUCGACUGUCGUAUUAUUGUCAAAGCGCGAUUCCCAAGUUUCUUGUGAAUAUUCACAAUUGCAUUUAUAAAUUUGGAAUAUUGGGAGUGGAAAAUACAAAGCCAACUUCACAAGUUGCUCACUAAAGCGAAGUAGUGAACACAAACUCGUAACUUAAAUACUAAAAUACAAAAGAAUAACAUUUUGAUUGAGUCGUCGCGAAGUUGGCUUUGCAAUUUCCAUGCCCAAUAUUCCGAAUUUAGAAACGUAAUUGGGAAUAUUCACAACACACUUGGGAAUCACGCUUUGAAAAAAGUGACCUGAAUACGACAAUAAACAUAUUGCAUUUCUACGUUCCGUAUAGGCUCUGAAAAGACUGAUGACGUUCUGUCAAAAGAAAUUUGAAGCUGAUCCAUCAAAGAGCGUGGAGUACCAUGCAGUAUAG